AUGGCAACAAAUGCCAACCAGUCCCAAAAGUUGGACAUGCUGAUGCGACGCCUCUACGCCAUUGGGGCACCCAAGGCAGGGAUGAAGGUAUGCGCGCUGCUACUGGUCAUAACCUGCAUGGGCGGAGGCUGGAUCUUGGAGCAGCCAAGAUCCAGUCAACUCAUUUGGUUGCCGCGGGUACGGGCCACAUUCAGGAUGCUUCCCAAGGUGUUCCAGGCUUCAUGGUGGAUGGCAUUGUAUGGUGGUUUGACGCCAAAAAGGCACAUUGCCUACUCGAAUACAAAAACAAUUCAGUUGUUGGACCUAGGAGUCCUCCUGAAAGAGGUCAGGGAAAAACUAUCCAAACAUGGAUGUCAGAGCACUCGAUCCUACCAGAACAAGGGAAAGAAGGUCUUUGCUGGGACCCAAUUUCUGAAACAGACGCAGACAUACCCACCGAGAUUUGCCAAACGAGUCACCAAGUACUACAAACGCUUCUGCACCCAGGGGAAUGGACACUUCCCGCCAGAGGCUGAUGAUGGGGUUCUGACAUCGUUUCAAAUCUUAGCUUUACUUCAAGAACAAACAGAGAAUGACCUAUGGUUAGAUGCUCAGCUUAUGGAAUCAUUUAUGUAUUUGAGAGGCUCAAAGAGCCUGGAGCUUGGCGAAUUGCGCCAGGUCUUGCCAAGUUCCAUUCCUCUCCCAUGA